AUGGAUUUCGCGGUGUGUUUCCCCGCGAUUGACGCGGACCUCAAGGGGCUGCUGGAGUGGAAGCACGAAAUCACCACUAUUACAGUGAAAAAUCCCCCCUCCCCAUAUCAAAACGGAAUUUCUGAUGCUGGAUUUGUGUACACAAAUCAGAUUUGUAUUGCAGAGAGGCAUUGCGGCCAGAUCCCCAGGCUAGGUAGGGGCGUCUGGGUCUAGUUGUUCAGCAUGGCAAGCGGCUUCCCUUUAGGCCCAACAGCGUGACAAAUCGAGCCCCUAAUGGGGCGGAAGCUUCUGCCCUUGUCUUCUUGCAAGACAAAUGCGAUUUGUGACCUCAAAGCAGCAACACAGAUUGCCGGAAGCAUACCGCUUCGGUAUGGGGAAGGGGGGUUUGUCCUUGCUAUAACCACCCAACUGAAAGACAAGGACACGGAGAUCGAGAAGCUGAAGACCGACCUGGAGGUAUCAAAAGGAAAAAUCCCCCCUCCCCAUAUCAAAACGAAGUUUCUAAUGCAGGAUUUGCGUACACAAAUAAGAUUUAUCUUGCUGGAGAGGAAUGCAGCCCCAUACUAAGCCUAAGUAGAGAGGUUCUGGCCUAGGCGUCUAGCAUGAGAAACGUCCGCACUGUAGGCCCAUCAGCAUCACAAACCUCCUGCACAAUGCUGCGGAGCUUGUGGAGUUGCCUUCUUGCAAGACAGACGUGAUUUGAGGUCUCAAAUCAGCAACACAAAUUUCCAGAAACAUACCUUUUCGAUAUGGGGAGGGGGGAUUUUUCUUCUUAAUAGGAGGCCGCCCAGGGUGAGAUCGAGAAGCUAAAAACCGACAUGGAGGCGCAGAAGGGGGAUGCGGCGUGCACAGAAACCUUGGACACUUUGGACAAGAGGGUGAAGGAGCUCGAGGCCAUGGACGUAAACACACUCCGAACUGACUUCGAUGUCAGAUGGGGAGAAGUCAAGCCGGUAUGUUGAUUUCUGCAACAUACAUGCUUUGUCUCUACGUAAAUCAUGCAGCGUCAUUUGGGCGUCUCACAUAGGUACCGCAACUGUAGAGAAAUCGGCAAUCAAUUUUCAUAUUGUUAACGUUGUACUAGUACUACAAACGGUGCUCCUACGUGGUAAAGAAAGAGAGAUAAAGGAGCAGAACAUCAUCCAUCAACUGAAAUGUAAAGAAACUCUAUUUUUCUUCAGGAACUGGAAAAAGUCGCGGAUUUCGUACCGAGGCUUGCGCAGCAAGACCUGAAAAUUGCAGAGGCAGAGGCCAAGUCAACUACCGCAAAGGAGAAGUGCGACGAUUUUGAGGUGCGCGUCACGAUAUCCACUGCACAUAGAUAUGUCUGGGUCUAGAAAUAUUGGAUUUGGAACUUGUGGUGCUCUCAUCUGUCAGGAGGCACACAAAGAUUUGUAAUGCAUGAGUAGAAAAAGGAAAAGCUGUCCACUGCUGGCCACGGGGACGGGACAGGAUUUUCGAGUGCAGAAUAGGCAUCCCAAAGCUGUGACAGAGCGUGUCAUGCUGGGCGUUGCAUUCCAGAACCAGAUCCUCUGGGCCACGGCCAGCAUACAUCACCUGCAUGACCAAUCUCGGCGCCCGCCUGACCUACCUUCCCUGCGUGGCAGCCAUCUCCGUCCUUUUACACAGGGAGAGGCAAAGCAUGCCGUGCUUCGUCUGUUCUUUAGCAUGACAAACUUCGGCACUUUAUUUCCAGACCCGGACAUAUUUUGUCGACUUGAUACACGAAGAUCGACAACGAGUGGGCGGCGUACCAGAAGGACGAGCGAAAGCUGCAGGACGUAAUAACCAAAUUCGACGACGGCAUAAAACGGGUCGAGGGGGUAAGUGUGGCUAAGAAAUCAUGUGUUUUACCAAUUGGCAAGGCGCUGGAAUGAAAAAGCAGCGUUUGUCGUGCUCCUGCGAUGAAAAAGCUAGAACAGGUGCUGUUAGCGUUGUUCAGGCAUAGGUGGAUAUCACCUUCUAGAGUAGUAAGUGCAGCGGUACAUUGUAUUUAUUUUUCGCUUGAGGCAGAUUUGCGUUUCGAAACGGAGAAAUGAAUCCGCACUGCAGCAACAACUGGAGAUGGAUGCGAAGUAUUCGCGGAAAUAUCAACAAAUGUGGAACGAAGUGCCAAAAGCGCUCGAGGAGAUGAACGGCAGGCACAUCGAGCAGCUCGAAAAGCAGCUGCAAACCAAUGCGGCGGAUAAGGUUCGUACACCUGGUUUCUGAAGAUGCGUCGUGACAAGUAGCAGCAUCUUUUUUCUGCCCUCUACUUUGAUCCUCUAUUGUAGGUAGUAUAAUAGGACCACCACGUGCAGAUUUAUAGUAAGUUGAUUGUAUCAGGGAACAUGUCAAAAAACGACAAAAGAAAUUUGCCUUCAGGUGGCCGAAGUGCAAAACCUCGUGAAGUACUGUCUGCAAAUUCUGAGCCGGGUGCAGAGCGAAAAAAAGAGCGAGACGGACCAGAAAAACUUACUGCUAGCAUGGCGGGAACAGUCCUGGAUAAACGCGAGGAGAAGAAUGGGCAUGGAACAGCUAAGAAAAUUCGUAUUCACUUUUUGACUCGGCUUGUUUUCCGGCGUUUUUCUAAAUGCAUGGCCAUGGCGAAGGCACUACCGCUACGUUGUAUUCUACUGUUAUUUUUCGCAUUCGCAUUAUUGAUUCCCGCUCGUCUCGGCCACAUGGGACCGGUCUAGUUAUCGUCACCCCACGUGCAAGACUUAGUUUGAGCUUGUACCUAAUAUUUACAGCUGAAGUCCCGCAUCAAGGAUCCAUUCCAGACGUGGAAGGUCCAGGCCAUGUACGAGACCACCAUAAAGCGCAUCACUGCCGAAUACACGAGAAGGAUAUCACGCGUGAUAAUUUCAUCUUACCCCUCCGAUCCGCUCUUGUGGAGUGCGAAAGUAGAGGUCAGCAGAGAAGAACUACCAGGAUGACGGAGAUAAAACCCGUCUUAAGUAUAUUUGCAUGCUGACAUAAUUGAGGUUGUUGUCUUUCUUGUAUCGAAUCAUGAUCAGCAUCGAGCAAGAAAAUAGGCGGCCCUGGUCGAUCGAACCAACGUGUCAUGCGCAGCUCUUGCCUGUCUCCUCUCUGUUGUGCCGACGUUUUUAGGACUGUCGCCGUCGCCUCCGCCUGGUGACUAUUUAUGCGAUGAUCGAGACGAGAACGAUAACGAAAGAGAUCGAGGGGAAGGUGGAAAAAAUCUUUGCACACGAUAGCUGAUUCCGGACGUGCCCAAACAGCUGGACGAGCUGGGCUUCCCGGCAAAAAUCGAAUCCUUGCAAGACCACAUCAGCAAGCUUAGCGACGAGAAGGCAGGAAAGGUACCGCUGAGGUGCUGCUUGUGGAUAGAAAAAGAUAUGAUUCUUGUUUAUUUCCUCGUGCCGAUCUGCAAUAGUAAGGUCUGUACAACACGAGGAGCACGUACGAAAGUUGUUUCACUGCGUGCCUUUGUUCCUCCUCGCAAAUGGGGCGUGCGAAAACGAAAGAUUAAGAUUUAGAUUACUAUGUACGAAAACUUUUCUAGGACGAAGUCGCGGAAGAAAUCAGCAGCACAGUAUCAAAGAUCGACGCCAAGGCGGAGGAACUGGACCAGUUACGGGAAGAAUUCGUCGACCACAAGGGGGUCACAGAAACCUUGGAGGGUGGUAUCAGCGCUGCCAAGGAAUUGGUCACCUCAGUGGAAAAGAAAGCGGGCAGUGUACAACUUUGCUUCUUCAUCGAUUUUUGCCCACUGUAGUACUAUCAACCAGCGUUUGAUGUACUAUUUGCAGAAUUCCAUAACUACUUACGCAGAUGCAGAUGCUGUCGAUGUCUGUGAAGAUGGAAGACAAACUAAAGCUUCGGAAAAAUCUAGAAGGCAGCUCGUGGAAUCAAACUCAUCCUUGCGAUGGUAAAUUCAGCAAGUUGAACGAAAAUUAUUCAAUCGACAAUGACGACGUUAUCAGGCCGAGAGCCGAGUGGAGCAGCUGAAGCAGGCAAUAGAAGCAAAUUACGCGCAAAAUACCGAAGUACAGGCAAUGGUCAAGGACGUGCUCCUGAUAUGGUAUAGAAUUACUUUGCACGGACACGGAGGGCGGGUCAUUGACAUUGAGUAUCGGAAGUGAAGGUUCUUUGCGUUGAUGAUGUCCUUCUUUUUUUAUUGCCAUCAUACAAUUUGGUUUUUUCUGGAGAAUUGUCGAAGUGAAAGUGUAUACUUGUGCCAAGGUAUUCCAUCAAGCAGCUAGAUGCGACCAAGGCCGACAAGAAAGACAUGGAGGCCUACGCCUUGGAAAGUAUAAACCGCGAAAAAGCUGUAUGGAAUGUGGAAGAUUUCAGCCCGAAGUUAUGUUCGCCCAGAUAAAAAAACAGCUCUUCUCAGAGGGCAUUCUGAAUAAAGGAAGUUGCACAAGAUUUGAACGCCGCUUGACAUGAUAGGUAAGUAAGUAGCCUCCUCGCGGCACGCCGUGUCUUAGGAGGAGAACAGUUCUUCCACCACAUACACAGAUAAUUUCAACUUCCUCGCGAACCUCAGCUCGGAAGCACAUUGAUUGUGCAAAACUUUUCAUACUGAAGACGAACAUAACUCUCGGCACUGUUUUCCUUUCGAUAGAGCAACGUCAGACAAGAAGUCAUCGAGAAGAACGAAGAAAUGAAGGGCGAACUAGGAAGCAUGCAAGGUAACAAGACGGCAAGAUUGAUUUUUCUAGCGAAUAUUUUUCACCUCUUUUGUGCUUAAACUGAAGCAGUACAACACAUGCAAAUUACGAAAUUUGGAGCUAGAAACGCAAUGAGGAGUUGUCACUGGGGCGAUGGCGAUGACAGCCUGGGUGUCCCAAGCAAAACUUCAUCGCUCCUUAUACAUUCUUCGCAACAAAUACAAAAAUCAAUGCAGGCAAUGUCGAAGAAAUUGGUCGCGGUUUUAACGAGCAGCAGGGCCAGUUUGUGAGUCUGCAGCAGAUGCUCGGAAACUUGGCGUCUUUUGUCGAAGAGCUGGUCGUAUGCAAUGCAUAUAUGUCAGGAUCGGGAAUAAACUUGUGAUACUAACAAUGCGCAAAAAAUAGAUAAGCAACCUCCGCUAGAACAAGUACGGAGCCACGCGUGACAAGUUCUUUCUGAGCGACCAUGUCGAGUAUAAAUUGCAUGAUAAGCCGCAUUUUUGGUGCCAUGCAAAGAAGUGCGCUCCUGGAGGGAAAGACGCAUGACAGCCUUUUCUCUCGUGUCAGCCACGCAUGAGGACAAUCUUCCAGACCAAGACAUAUGUGCAACUCAUAGGUCGUAAAGAUCGCAGAAAUGCAGGGUGUAGAGGUCACCGGAGGAGCGGUAUGAUUGCAAAUGAAAGAAUAAAUACAAAUGUUCUGCUUUGCAGUAGUUCAGUGACUCACUUACCUCGUACCAUACCCGCAAUUUUUGUAUAUGUUGCACAUUGCUCCUGGUUAGCCUUAGAGGUCCCAGCACUGGAUACAGCAUCGUCUUGCACUACAAUCCGGAUGCUGAAGGCGUGGUAUGUAGAGUGAGGGGAUAAGUACUACCACACUGCUGGUGGAAUAAACGUCGCUCGAAUUACUUAUCAUGAUGUUGUUUGUUGGACUUGAAAAUGAUCAGGAAAAGGAAGCGAAGUCGAUGACCAACAUGGAGGAUAUGGAGCAGUGGCUGCAUUAUGCCAAGGGCGUUGUCGACCAGAGCCUCGACAACUACCACGGCGCCAGCUCCGGCGCAACGGGAGGUAUGGGCGGCAACCUCAGUCGGGCCGGCAACAACUCCUCCCGGGGACGGCAGCCCCGACCGAAAUCCGCGGCCAGCAUGGGCAUGGACGGAGCACAGGUGUCCGGCCGAGGCCUAUCAAAAGGAAAAAUCCCCCCUCCCCAUAUUGACAAGGCACGUUUUCGAAAAUUUGCGUUGCUGAAUUGUGGCCACAAAUCGUCUCUGUGUUGCAUGAAGGCAACUCCACAGGCUCCGCCGCAUUCUACAGUCGGUUUGUCAUGCUGUUGCACCGAGAGCGCAGACGUCUGCCAUGCUAAGCGCCUAGGCCAAAGCGUGUCGACUCAGGCGUAGUAUGGGCCUGCAGUCCUCGCCAGCAAGACAAAUCGGAUUUGCGUACGCAAAUCCAGCGCCAGAAACUUCGUUUUGAUAUGGGGAGGGGGGAUUUUUCAUUCUGAUAAGGCCUCAGCACCGGCCGUAACGGGGCCGCGCCGAAGAGGCGCAUGUAAAAACAACGAGGGUCGUGGUCUUCGAUCGUCGAAAGAACCACAACAGCACGAACCUGUUUUUUACUUUGAACUUAUUUUACCAACAGUGAAGAAGAUGUUGCUUAUUGAACAGAAAAAGUCCCCCGUGUCUUUGAACACUUGAAGACUUCGGAAGAACUUUGGUCAACUGUUACGUUAGUAGAGCUCCCUAAUGUGAACAAGAAACGCACAGUUUCCAGCAAACGAGUUAAGUCAAUUUUUCCAUGAUGUAGGCAGGCAACUAGAAAGUACGAUUGAAAACGAUGAAAAACGACAAAAAAUGAACAGAAGGCACCAAGCAAUGGACGAUGCUAUUUUUCCUAUUGCUGCUCGCUACUACCUAGCGGAUGAACUCGAAUGAAUUUAAACACAUCAAGCGGCGCCAGAAUUCUGGGCUUUGUGCUUGGAAAUGAUAGAAAAAAUCGUAAACCCGCACCCACUAAGUAAAUCGAAAAAUUCUACUUGCAGGGUUUCUUCUUGGAGAACAAUAGUACCACAAACGAGGAAGGGGAUCGUUCUUCUGUGUGAUGGUCUCAGCUUUUUUCCAGCGUGCUGCGGAACGCGAUAGGUGACCACGUCGUCGGCAUUCGAUCUUGCGCACGUUUUAUCGCAUCUUUUCCUUGCAGGAGAGGCACUGCUGUCUGAAAGUUGAGCUCUGUGAAAUCAUCUCCAUGAAGAUGUGCUAGUACUAGAUCCUGAUCCUGUGCUGGCGGGGGCGUUUCGCAGAUAUUUGUCGAAUUCGUGCUAUGAACGAUUUUUCCUUCGACCCGCUUGCCGCGCAAAGAGAACAGCAUAUCGCAAGUCCUCACUGGAUUGGUCUCGCUUACAACAUUGAUUGUCAUCAGCAUCUCUCAACGUAACCGUAAGCAACUACAAGCAAGCAGAGCC